UUUCAAUGGCAAGGAAGAGGAAAUGCACUGAUGCAGUAGAAGGCAAGGAGGUCUGUGUCAAUAGUGCCCCGAGAUGGAACGGGACGAUGGCUGUUGAGGCAAUUGGGGGAGGAGUCCGGCGAGCGCGCAAGCGCUUCGUCGGAGUUCGGCAAAGACCGUCUGGUCGAUGGGUGGCGGAGAUCAAAGACACCAUACAGAAGAUCAGGAUGUGGCUGGGCACCUUCGACACUGCUGAAGAAGCUGCCAGGGCCUACGACGAGGCUGCCUGCAUUCUUCGCGGCGCCAACACUCGCACCAAUUUCUGGCCUUACUCCUCUCUGCAGCCAUCAUCGCGACCAUCGGUGCUGCCGCCGAAGAUCACUAAUCUCCUCCUGACGCGGCUCGAGGCCAGAAACCAUUCUUCGCCGGACGGAGUCCAACGGCAACAACUGGGAGAAGAAGAGGGAGAGGACAACUAUUUCUCCGAGUUUGUGAACGACGCCUCGAAUUAUCUACUUCCCCUUUCUCACGCCGGAGAAGACAGAGUAGCCGACUAUGCUGAAUUCAGCAGUUACGGAGAAGAAGGGAGUCUCGACGUUGGUUCCAAUUCCAUGGACUUUCGCUUCAUAGACGAGUUGCAGGAACCAUCGUACCUCUAUUCGCCGAUGGAGCAACAGAGUUGUUGCAGUGACGAGCCAUCGCUGAUCAGAGCAACAAUGAAGCAGAUGAAGUACGAGAGGAAGGUCUCGGCAUCCCUGUAUGCUCUGAACGGCAUAUCCGAGUACCUGAAGAUAAAGCUAGGAGAAAGAACGGGAGGAAGGAUGGAGGAUCAUCUGUCUGGGCUCAGAAACUCAUGCAUGGAGCAAAAGGGGGGCGGUGCAGAUCAGUCGGCAGAAAGGGAAGGCCGAGACGAAGUAGAGCUUCUUCAAAAUCGCUCUUACUCAGGCUUCUCAUCCUCUUCCUCGUCGACAACUUCGUCGGCAUCACUGCGAUUUCCUUCCGCGCCUUUGAAUUCGAGCAGCGACGACAGCGAACUGCGGCUGCUCUGGAGCUCUCUUGCUCUGGAUCAUCUUUCUCCAAUAUGA